UGGGGAUGGCAAAGAAGAAUCCCAGAUAUUACCCAAACGUUCCCAGUAGCCCACAGAAAGGCAAAGAGCUGACCCCCAGGGCAAUUUCUUUUCCCUCUCCAGAGGUGACGUGUGCUCGGCCACCGAACAUCGCCAACGGGCUGCACAGUGGGCACUCCUUGGGCAGGUUUUCCCCUGGAGUGACCGUGCACUACAGCUGCCAGGAUGGCUACGCUCCGGUUGGGAAUGUGUCCAUCAACUGCACAGAGGCUGGGAUGUGGAGCUGGCCCCUGCCCCGCUGUGAAGCAAUCGGCUGUGAGAUGCCCGAGGUGCAGAACGGGAAGGUCUAUGAGCUGCAGAGCACCUACAGAGCUGGGGAGUCGCUGCAUUUUGACUGUGAUGCUGGUUACGCUGCAGAGAACAGCUACGAGGCUCAGUGCCAGCCCGGGGGCACCUGGGACCCUCCGGUGCUCCGCUGCGAGAGGGUCCGGCCGUGCCCCGUGCCUCCAGAGAUCCCCAAUGGAAGUCACAAUGGCCAAGGCAAAUCCCUUUUUACCAUGGGAAUGUUUGUAACAUACACGUGUGAUCCCAGCUACUACCUGGUUGGAAACGCCAUUGUGUUCUGCAAAGCAUCAGGGAACUGGAGCCAGCCCGGCCCUCGCUGUGAAGAGGUGACGUGUCCUCGGCCACCGAACAUCGCCAACGGGCUGCACAGUGGGCACUCCUUGGGCAGGUUUUCCCCUGGAGUGACCGUGCACUACAGCUGCCAGGAUGGCUACGCUCCGGUCGGGAAUGUGUCCAUCAGCUGCACAGAGGCUGGGAUGUGGACCUGGCCCCUGCCCCGCUGUGAAGCAAUCGGCUGUGAGAUGCCCGAGGUGCAGAACGGGAAGGUCUAUGAGCUGCAGAGCACCUACAGAGCUGGGGAGUCGCUGCAUUUUGACUGCGAUGCUGGUUACGCUGCAGAGAACAGCUACGAGGCUCAGUGCCAGCCCGGGGGCACCUGGGAUCCUCCGGUGCUCCGCUGCGAGAGGGUCCGGCCUUGCCCCGUGCCUCCAGAGAUCCCAAAUGGAAGUCACAAUGGCCAAGGCAAAUCCCUUUUUACCAUGGGAAUGUCUGUAACAUACACGUGUGAUCCCAGCUACUACCUGGUUGGAAACGCCAUUGUGUUCUGCAAAGCAUCAGGGAACUGGAGCCAGCCCGGCCCUCGCUGUGAAGCUACUGUCUGUGUACAUCCCUAUAUACGAAACGGGAGGCGAGUGGAUGGUCAAGGACUUCUCUCCGCACCUGGGCAAGCGGUGACAUUUCAGUGUCUCGAUGGUUACAGCCUGCAAGGCAGUGCUAAAGUCAUCUGCCAGGAGGAUGGAAGCUGGCACCCUCCUGUUCCCACGUGUGGUAGACUUUACCAUGACCAGGGGCUCUCAAAGAGGCCUGGACUUUCAGGUGGCUGUGGGCCUCCUACAAGGUUACACUUUGCUGAGCUAAAGGAGGAGCAUAAAAAUGAGAUUGAUUUUUCUGUGGGGAAGACUGUGCAAUACACUUGUCACCCUGGAUAUGCAAAACACCCAGGAAUGUCACCUACUAUUACAUGCCUUGAGACCGGCGUGUGGUCAGAAGCACUAGAGUUCUGUAAAAGGAAAAAAUGCACCCACCCUGGUGAGCCUGUGAAUGGGAAAAUCAGUUUCCUGAGAGAUCUCCUGUUUGGGUCAACCGUGCGCUACAGCUGUGAAAAAGGGCACAGGUUAAUUGGACAAGCCAGCAGACGAUGUGAGAUUUCUGGUGGACGUGUUGCAUGGAGCGGUGACGUUCCUGUUUGUCAGCGUAUCCCUUGUGAGCCGCCUCCAGACAUUCCCAAUGGGAAGCACACAGGCAAGCUGCUGGAUGAAUUCCUCUUUGGCACUGCUGUAACAUACACAUGCAACCCUGGAUAUCCGCUCCAUGGAGAGCCCUCCAUCUACUGCACUACCUUGGAUGGGGAGAACGGCGUGUGGAGCGGGCCCCCGCCGUCGUGCGGAGAGGCAAGAUGUCCUGUCCCAUGGGUCCUGAAUGGGAGAAUAGUGUCUCCUAGGACUGUCUACACACACAAGUACACUUUUGCCUUUGAGUGGGAGCCAGGCUAUGUUAUAUGUGGCCACAAAGUGGUACAAUGCCAACUAAAUAGCACCUGGGAGCCACCCGUGCCAGUCUGCGAGCAGGCUGGCUGCAAUGCACCAACCAGGCUGCCAUUUGCUGAGCUGAAGGAGCGGCACAGAAACCAGACCAUCUUUCCCGUGGGGAGGACGGUGGAAUACGUGUGCCGGCCUGGGUACACCCAGCACGUCGGGAUGUCACCAGCCAUCACAUGCCUCGAGAACAGGACGUGGUCUGUGGCACUGGAGUUCUGUAAAAGAAAACAAUGUGCUAACCCAAGGGAUCCAGAGAAUGGCCAAGUUAUUGUCCUGACAGACCUCCUCUUGGGAUCCAAAGUCAAUUACACUUGUGACAAAGGGUACAAGUUGGUUGGAGGCUCUCAGAGAACAUGCAAGGUCUCUGGCACACGUGUCUUGUGGAGUGGAGAUGCUCCUGUCUGCCAGCAUAUCGCUUGCGGCCCACCUCCGAACAUCUCCCAUGGGACACACAGCGGGCACUCCAGGGACACCUUCUCCUAUGCAGACGUGGUCACCUACACCUGUGACCCCGGCCACGCUCUGGCUGGAGAGCCCUCCAUCAUCUGCAGCACAGCAGACGGGGAGCGCGGCGUGUGGAGCGGGCCACCGCCACACUGUGGAGAGGUGAAGUGUCCUUCCCCUCCAAGCAUCGCCAAUGGGCAGCACAGCAGCCAGCCCGCGGACACCCACCUUCCAGGCUCGGCUGUGAACUACACCUGCAGGGAUGGCUACUCCCUCAUUGGGAAUGCCUCCAUUAGCUGUACUGCCGCGGGAACGUGGAGCCGGCCCCUGCCUCGAUGUGAAGCAACCGGCUGCGGAAGACCGGAGAUCAAGAAUGGAAGAUCAGCUGGGCUGGAGACCAUGUACAAACUCAUGGAUACUGUUGUCUUCGAAUGUGAUUUUGGUUAUGCCUUGAAGGGCUCUCAAGAGUCUCAGUGCCAGUUUGGGGGCAAGUGGGACCCUCCUGUCCCCACCUGUGAAAAGAUGCUACAGUGUCCUUCCCCUCCAAAUAUCAAAAAUGGCCAUCAGGACAGCAAGGAUGUGAAGGUGUUUGUCCCAGGAGUAUCUGUGAAGUACUACUGUGACACAGGGUACGUCCUCACUGGGAAAACAACAGUUUCUUGUUUGAUGUCUGGAACCUGGAGCAUCCCUUACCCACGGUGUGAAGUGAUCACCUGCACAAGCCCCAGCAUCCAGGAUGGAGAAGUGGCUGAAGGACGGAGCACUGCCUACCACCCUGGGGCCAACGUCACCUUCCAGUGUCACCCGGGCUAUGUGCUGCGGGGCAGCCGUGCAGCCAAGUGCCAGCCCGAUGGCCGCUGGGUGCCUGCUGUCCCUACCUGCAAGCCAGUGCUGCCUUGUCCUCCACCUCCCACCAUUGCCCACGCCACGCACAGUGCAGAGCUCGAGGCAAACUUCACCGCUGGCAUGUCCGUGAGCUACAGCUGCCAGCCCGGCUUCUCCCUCCUCGGAGACCCCUCUGUCCUGUGCACAGCCUCAGGGAACUGGAGCCUCCCAUACCCCCGCUGCACAGUGCUGCAAUGUCCUUCACCUCCAAAUAUUGACAAUGGAAAUCACAGCAGCCAGGGCUUGGAAGUUUUCACUGCUGGGAUGGUUGUAAAUUACAGCUGUGACCCUGGCUACAGUCUCCUGGGAGAGGCAUCGAUUCACUGCACUGACUCAGGAAACUGGAGUCUUCCUCUUCCUCAGUGUGCAGAUGGCUGUGGCCCACCUCCAAACUUAACCUUUGCUGAGCUCACUGAGGAUUACAGGAACCUGACGGAGUUCCCUGUUGGAGACACUGUGCGAUACCGCUGCCCCCCGGGAUACAUGAAACACCCCGGAGUAUCCCCAACUCUGACAUGCCUCCAAAACUCCACGUGGUCUGAAGCGCUAGAGUUCUGUAAAAGGAAGCAAUGUAAAUCCCCAGGAACACCAAAGAAUGGCAGAGUUGUUGUUCUGACCGAUCUCCUUUUUGGGUCAACCGUGAGCUACACAUGUAAAGAAGGGUACCGACUGGUUGGACAGUCUCAGAGGCGAUGUGUGGGUUUUGGACAAGAUGUCGCAUGGAGUGGUGGUCUUCCCAUUUGUCAAAAGGUGGUAUGUCCAGCCCCAAAGAUCCAGAAUGGGAAAGUAUCUGUUCUGAAGUCUCACUACCUAUACAAAGACACUGUUGGCUUUAAGUGCCAUAAAGGUUUCACCUUGCGAGGCAAUCACACAGUGCAGUGCCAAGCUGAUAAAACAUGGGAUCCACCAGUACCAGUCUGUGAGCAGGAUGGAGUGGCAGAACACUAUCGUCAUCCUCACACCACCACAAAGCCAGAAGUGAAGUGUCAGCCUCCUCCAAGCAUUGUCAACGGGGAACACAGUGGACAUUUCUUAGACACUUUUCAUGUAGGAGCACUUGUACGCUAUCGCUGCAAACGGGGCUUCUCCCUCAUUGGGAAUAAAUCUGUUCGUUGUGCAACAUCUGGAGUCUGGAGCCAUCCCCCUCCUCGGUGUGAAGUUGUGAAGUGUCUCCGUCCUCCAAACAUCACCAAUGGGAAGCUCAAAGGCAACAUCUCUAACACUUUUUCCUAUGGAGCGUCUGUAUCCUACAGCUGCAAUCCUGGUUAUUCACUCGUUGGGAAUGCUUUCAUCAACUGCACGGUGAAAGGAACCUGGAGCCAGCUUCCUCCUCAGUGCAAAGAGAUCAGAUGUGUAUUCCCAGAAGUUCAAGGUGUUAAGAAAGCCAUUCAAGGAAACACUUAUCGCUCUGGGACUAACAUCACUCUUGAAUGUGAUGAUGGUUACACCUUGGAAGGCAUCAGUCAGAUUCAGUGCCAAGAAGACUUCAGCUGGGACCCUCCUAUACCCGCCUGUAAACUGACAUCACACAAGUCUGGUUCCGUAGGUGUAGGAGUCGUAGCUGCAGGAGUCCUGCUUCUCCUAGGGGCAGGCGUUGUCUGGAAAAUUAUUUCCAAGCAGAAGGAAGGCUACUAUGAUACAUAUGAAAACCACAGUUACCAAACCCCUCUGAAUGAGAUAACUGAACCAAAGUGUUCGUGUCUUCAAUAGAAGGUAUGGAUUUCUAUUCCUCAACAGAAAAUGUCAGUUAUAGCAGGAACUUGAGUUGUUCCAAUAUAGUCCUUGAAGGUGAAAACCAUCUUCUUUCAAUGAUAUGGUAAGAUGCUUUCUUUUGCUGAAUAAAAAGAGACUGUUUUA